UACUUUUUGUCAAACAUAUCUAGCAAAGUACUCAACACCUUUCACCAUAAUUUUAGCAAGAUGAGCAGCUCAGAUGAAGGUGGUAGCAGCACAAGUGCAAAGUACAAAGGUAUUCGACGACGAAAAUGGGGAAAAUGGGUGUCGGAAAUUCGCGUUCCAGGUAGCAGUGAACGUCUUUGGCUAGGCACUUACACUACCCCUGAAGCUGCAGCUGUAGCACAUGACAUAGCCUAUUAUUGUCUUCGCGAAUCGUCGUCGUUAGAUAAAUUAAACUUCCCUUUGAUGUUACCGGCUAAUGUUCAACGUGGAAUGUCACCAAGAUCCGUGCAAAAGGUGGCCUCAGAUGCUGGUAUGGCCAUUGAUGCACAGUUGGUUACUAAAGGAAGAGAUGGUCAGCAAGAUCAAAGUGUUGAUAAUUAUGGGCAAAAUGAAGCUCUCAGCAUUUCUGUUGAAGAUUAUCUUUAUUGAUAUGUCAAGGACAUUCCCUUAGUCCAUUACUCCUUCAUUACUCCUUUUAAUGGACCAAUCUGACAUGAAUUCAAAUUAAUCGAGCCAGUGAAUUUUGAAUACCGAUGCCUAAAGUAAAAAAAAGGCAUUAUCUCCCGUUCCUCUGUCAUCACCACCGGGCCACCUUCUUUACUUGUACACAUUUGCAAAAGUUUUGUUGGUUUUCAUGAAUUUUGAUGAUCUUGAGCAAUAGAUAUCAAAGUAAUACUUUGGUUUAAA